AUGGCGGGUCUUCCUGAAACGGCGGCGCCGGCGCAGGCUCCGGAUGCCCGCGCCUCCUCUGAUUCCCAGGCCGCGGCACCCGCCUCUCUCCCAGAGGACUUCCGAGUGCGCUGCACCUUGAAGAGGGCCGUGGUGGAAGUGAUGGAGCUGUGCGGGCGCUUCGUGCAGGAGCUCGGGGCCGCGCUGCCCGAGGACGUGCGGGAGCUCGCGCUGCGGGACGCGCAGUGGACCUUCGAAUCGGCUGUGCAGGAGAAUGUCAGCAUCAACGGACAAGCCUGGCAGGAAGCCGCCGACCACUGUCUUAUGGCAGACUCUGACAUCAAAGUUCUUGAAGAUGAAUUUGAUGAGCUCAUAGUAGAUGUGGCAACAAAACGCAGGCAGUACCCCAGACGGAUCCUGGAAAGCGUCAUCAAAACCUUGAAAGCGCAGCACGAGACUCUGAAGCAGUAUCGCCCUGUUGUGCAUCCCCUGGACCUGAAGUGUGACCCUGACCCAGCUUCGCAUGUGGAAAGUCUGAAAUGCCGCGGGGACGCCGUAGCUAAGAAAAUCAGUGAUGCCAUGAAGGCUUUGCCUGUGUUAAUUGAACAAGGAGACGGCUUUUCCCAGGUCUUAAAGAUGCAGCCUGUCAUCCAACUGCAGAGAAUCAACCAGGAAGUCUUUUCCAGCUAUUACAGGAGAGCGGACACCAAGGCCAGCAAGUCUGUAACACAAGUGGAAACCACACCAACAGAGACCGCAGCCAGGAGCACCUCGAACAUAGUGCUAAAGAGAAAGCCCGCCCCAGACUGCUCCCAGAGACAGCGCUACCCGCUGCGGCCAAAGAGAAUUAAUCUCGAUACAUAAACUGUUGUUGGGGAAUUGAAAGUUAGUUCUCUCAGCACCCAGGUCACUGUCUGCUGCUGGGAGACUUCACUUAAGGUCACCGUGGCUCUGGACAGGUACAGUGCACUGUUCUGCUUGUCCUGGCCUACGGUGGCAUUCUCUGCUUCCCUUGGUCUCCCUCUGCGGUGGGUAAAAGCCUUUUGAGCGUUGCACAGAGCUGUCUGUGUCCUCAGAUGGCCAGCAGUCCCUGUCGCCUUGCAGCUGUCAAGGUGUCCAGGGUGCUCUGAGGGGUUCUUGACGGCAGCUUUCUCCACACGUGAAGCCCUGAGGUGGUUCUUGGGUGGCGCUGGCUCUGCUCCGCACAGCAGCUGGGCAUUGCUAGUGUAGUUCAUCAGAUGGACGCACAGACAACGGGCCUGCCCUUGGCUUUGUCCCACGGCACUUCAUUACAGGGUUAGGGUUCGUUUUGUAAGAGGAAGAGCAGGGAAUGCUGUUAAAAAGAAAACCUGAGGCCAGAGCCUCUGUUUCUUGCCUAUGCUUCCAUUCCAGGGUCCCUGAACAUUUACUAAUGGCCUGGAAGAUCUGUAUUGCUCUUGCUUGGUAAACAUCUAGCUUUUCUCCUUUGUCUGGUUUUCUCCUUUGGAAAAGCCUUAGGUGAGGCCACUUCAUGGAACUUCUAGAUUCUGUUUCAGUGUUAAAAUUUGAGAUCAGUAUAUUCAUACAGAGCACUGUUUUGUAUUUUAAGAUAAUAUGUAAAGACUAAAUUCUUGACAUGUGCUUUUUCCAGCUAACAAGGCACUCUUGGUGCCAACUUUAGUAGGACAGCAGGUCUUUGGCUCUCUGCAUUUCCAGUGAACUGACCUUUGCCUUAGUCACUUUGCGACUUGAGAAGGUGGCUGCUGUCCUGUGCGCUCAUGGCCUUCCCGUCCUGCGAUUGCUUUCUCUGCGGAAGCAGGCAUGGCUAGGCCAGACAUGGGGCGACGAGGCAGUGGCGUGGGUUUCCACUGUCAAGUGCUGUGUGGCAAGAUGGGAGAACCAGCCUGGAGGGUCUCACUCAUGGCUCUGCUGGGCUUGAAAGUCACUUUCCACACCCAGUGUCUGGAUGGUGCCAAGGGGAGUCUCGCCUGAGUGGGAUUUACUUAACACUGGCCUUUGAGAGUCGUUCAGUCCCCAGUGCAGAAGCUGGGGUUACUUCCCCGGGGGACCUUUGGUGAAGGUGAAGAUGUGCUUGAGGGGUGUGUGUGUGUGUGUGUGUGUGUGUGUGUGUGUGUGUGUGUGUGUGUGUGUGUGUGUGUGGAGGGCACUGCUGUCAUCUAGCGAAUUCCCCGGGGGACCUUUGGUGAAGGUGAAGAUGUGCUUGAGGUGUGUGUGUGUGUGUGUGUGUGUGUGUGUGUGUGUGUGUGUGUGUGUGUGUGUGUGUGUGUGUGUGAGGGCACUGCUGUCAUCUAGCGAAUAGAGGCCGCACAUGCCCUGGGAGGCUGACACACCUGGUCUGCCCCAAGACCAGUGAUUCUGAGGCAGAAAAGCCUGUUGAGCGGAGCGGGGCCUGAUGGCACAAGGUGGGGUGACCCUUGAGCCCCCAGCCACUCUGGGAGGCGCUGUUUGUGCUGGCUGCACUUAACUCUUGUCAAAAUACCCCACUGUCAGUCUUCAUAAGACAACGUGCAACUGAUCUAAAACUGUAGAGUGUGUGAAAAGGGCCCCCAAAUAAAAAAUGAAGUGUUAA